AUGCAUCCUCUUAUCUCAAGCCGUACGAUGAUGAAUCGUUCUCAACUCAAUCUUUCACCUUGUUCUUCACCACUUGCCUCGUUUAAAGACAAGUUUGAAUUCCCAGCCCCUUCAGACCUUUGGCCCUCAUUUUCGUUCCCAACGCCACCGACUUCGCCGGUCGAAUUCUGCAGCAACUGUCAAGAGGUUACGAAAGAGAUGCGCUGGCACGCCGCCUCGGGUCCAUGGGGAGAACUGAGGGAAAUCUCGGACGAAGAAAUCGAAGUGGACGAUGUCCCAUUCGAAAUUGCGCGGCAAUUUUGCGGAAUGCGCGCCGAAUCUCCCGCCAUUCUCAAUGACAUAAUGUGGAGCGGAGAUCGAGUCAGGAGGCCAGAUUCUACCACCGAUUUCGAAGCUCGAUUCAGUUUGUCGUCAACUCCGACAUGCUUUGAUCAACCGAUUAGCCAUACAUUUGUCGAGCCGGAAGAGCUGUUCUCAUUCUCGUUGCUAAGCCACUGCGGUGAUCAAGACGUUGGUAUGUUGGACAGACUCGCAAACGGUGAUGCUGCCUUCAAUAUUCCAUCAAAGGACCUUCCAUCCGAAACAGGUAUUUAUUUUGCACAAAAUAUUUACUCAUCGUCCUUUUGUCUCUUAAAAGAAAAAGAACAGAGAAUAAAAAUCUUGAGCCAAAGUAAAUCUGGAAAGACACCGUGUUGCUCGAAAACGUGAAAUGUCUCUUCGCCAAUUUGUUGUUGUUAUUUUUGCCUGUUUGCUUCGUUCUAUUAUAUUGGCUUUACAGUGUUCUAUGUCACGUGCCCAGCAGAGUUUUGAUUUCAUUUAUUUUGAUUUCCCUUUCUAAAAUAUACAUGCGUGGUAACUACUAAUCCGUGUUUGUUUAGGACAACAAAGUAAACAUUAAGACAAUUGCCUGGAUUUUACAAAAAUAAUCAGCUUCUCUCUGAUCCAAAGCAGAAGGUUAAGCCAUUGACCCGCGAGCUCAAGAAAGUUGUUUGUUUUUACUUUCCUCUGAAAAAAUUUAUUCGACCUCUGUCUUUCGACAGCAGUGUUUCUGACUGAGCUGUGUUCUUAAAUAUCGGAAAUAUUGUUUUGGUUAAAGAACAUCAUUUAGUUGUCGAAUAUUGUUUUUUACAGUCAAUUUGCACGCCGCUUUACUCGAAAUAUGUUUUCCUGUUUCCACACAAGGUGUUUCCUUAUCAUGAUAAAGAAUUCAUGAAUUUGUCUCAAUUUUUUUAAUUGUGAUCCUAAACGACGUGAAAAUUUCACUCAAGACACAACUCUCAGUCUUUCUUGACAGUUGUUGUGUAGUGAAAAAUGCAGUAGUAAAAUUGGAAAGUGUUAAAUAGAAGUGUUAUCUCUAUAGGAUAGGCUUGUUCUCUACUUCAUGUACUCGAAUUUAAACAUGUACGUCACUGUUGAAUAUAGUCCAAUAUUAACUUGCAGCGUGCUGCAAUCAAAUUGAGAUCAGAUAAUCUUCUUUAAGAAAGGGAAAGAUAUACGAACUAAACCAAAUAUGAAAAAAAAUAUUUUCGUCUUUUCACUGGUGGGAUACCAAAGAUUCUCAAACAAAAGAUUGAACAUGUUGAAAAAUACAUAAAUCUAACUACGAGACUUCUGUUAAACGGUUUUGCCCAAAAUCGUAUUCCCUGUUUUUCUCUUUGAUAUCUCUUUAAUUUUUGUUCAACUGCCUUUCUCCUUUUGUGAUACAGAGGAAGAUGAAAUCGACGUUGUAAGUGUCACAGUAGACAAAACAAAGGAAGAAGUCGUCACCACCCGUCUAAGUCCAGACACCACCGAGCAGGAAGACAGAUCGAUGAACACCCCGCCAAAACAGCGCUGGACUAAAGGAAAAAACGAAGAAUCAUCCGAGCCGGGAAACGAAGAUGGAAAUGGACGUAUUUCUCACAAUGAUUUGGAAAGGAAGCGACGCAACGAUCUACGGAAUCGUUUCCAGUGUCUUCGAAGAAGCAUCCCAUCAUUAGAAGAGAGCGAACGCGCAGCUAAGAUAACAAUUUUGAGGAGAGCAUCGGAAUUUAUACCUUUACUUCAAAAGGAGGAGGAGAAAUUACUGGCGCUUAAAGCGGAAGAAAAGAAACGAAAUGCUGCCCUUUUGAACACUCUCAUGAAACUUACAAAAAACAAGAGAAGGUGA